AUGAUUGCGGAUAUUGAUUGCAUGCUGCCAAUUUUGAUUGAAAAGGAAUGCAUGCGCCUUUUUAUUAGUACUUGUUGCAAAACUUGUGACAUGUCUGUGUAGAGCAUAGACCAAGCCGGGAGAAGUCGUGGAAUUUAGUUAUACAUCGAGCUGGAAGUCUUCAAUGUAGUUUGUCGCUGCUCGGAGCGUCGUGGAAAUUGAUGUCGCAGAUUUCACCCAUUGAUAUUAUUUUGGCAGAAUUGACCUAGUGCUGUGUGUCGGUGCAAGCCAAGCAGGAGCUAAUUAAAUGGCUGCCAACUUAGCCCAUCGCAAAGCAGUGUUGCGUGAGCACCAUGCCAGCAAGCGUCUGGAGAAGCUUGCCAGCUAUUCAUCAUGCAACUCCUGUUCGUGCGCGGGCUGGAAGAACCCCACUGCCUCAACGCCACCCAACGCAGCCUUUAACGGUCAACAAUCGGCCACAGCAGUUGCGGCUGCGGCGGCAGCAGCAGCAACAGACCCGGCUGCAGCAUCGCACACCACGGCAUCACACGGUGACAUGGUGAGCGCUGCAUGCGCCUCUUGUCGACAUUCCCUGGCCGCCCACGUGGUCAUGCAGCCAUGCUUCAGCGAGUCACUGCUCGAGAGGAAACGCAAGGAGCUCGGGGUUGCCAGCCAGGGUUCGGCCACGCCAGCUGUCACCAUUGAGCAAUCCGAUGUGCAACGUGUGCAGCUGUGCGACGCCAAUGAGGACUUGAUGGACGAGCAGGUGCUGCGCGUGGUGGACAUGGAGCGUAUCUACCUGCUUGUGCAGCAGACUGGUGGUACACUACCGGCUGGAGGACAAGCAGGCGGUGCUACUACUAGUACCACUGGCGUGGCUGCCGGCAGUGGUGGAGGCAGUGGAGUGCGCCCUGCCACUGACCUACUCUCGGCCGAGGCUGGCGGACAGGAAGUUGACGUCAUGGUUCAUCAGGCAUUGGUGAUCAUGUUCCGUGUGUUGAGGCGGUCAGUGCUCAAGUCCGAGGCGCCCACAUUUGAAGACUCGCCGCUGGCCACGCUGCCGUUUAGCAAGCCGACGCUCAGCCAGGCAAUGUACAACUUCCUGAUGUCGAGAUUUGGCCACCUGGGGCCUGGUAACUUUUCGACCAUGCACGAUUUGACUCGGCUCUUCCUUCACUGCUUGAUGCACUUGAACAUGGAUACACCGUCGCGGCACGAGUCGCUCAACAGCCCUAAAGGGUCGCCCGGAGAUGGCUCCUCAGCUGCCGCAGGCGGUGACAAGGGAGCAGCAGGAGGCAAGAAAGACUCAGCACAGGACAUUGCUCGCAAUGCCUAUCGACGAGAAUUCCUCGGUUGGAUGUGUUGUUGCUGCAUUCCGCAGCACUUCACAACGCUAACGUCACACAACGUGCUGGAAGCGUUUAGCAAGCCAUUUCUGCGAUCUGUUUUCGAGAGCGUGAAGAAGCACAUUUACGCGAGAGCUCGCAGUGACAAGGAGAAGAUGUCCGCCAAGAAUCAGGCUCUAGUGCUCACGCAUCUGCCAAAAUUCUUCUUGAUCUUGGAGAAGGAGGUAAUGAGCGAUGGAGGGCCAAUGUGGGACGUCAACUAUCGUCCGAAUGCUGCAUCGGCGGGUUCUGCCUUGGCCAAACAGGUGAUCGAGGCUGGGAUGGUGCAGUCAACGUUCCCGUCCGAGGGACUGGGUGGACUGACAAGCCUGCAGUGGUCUGGGCAAAUUCUAGUGCCCACUCCCGCCACGGGCCUAUUGCAGUCUCCAUACUCAGCUACCACGGCAAUCCCCAAUGCAGCCAACACCAGGUCAGAAACUCAGUGCUGUACUGCAACGUUUUAAUGAUGUUGUUCUUCGGGGUCGUACCGUGCGAUGAUAUCAUUCUUGUAUAUAUCUUCUAGUGCAUGCUGUCAACCUUGCGAAUAGCGAGCCUCGAUCGGGCAUGAGAAAAGUGUUGUGAGGUUGUAGGUAUGCAGUCUAAUGGAUCCACGGGAUCACCGUAAAUACUGUAAGGGUCGCCGUUGUCAGCAAGUGGAAGAGUAGCCAAUUUUAAUUUAUGAAUAAAACAAUUGAUACCAGCGGAAAAAUUAUACCCGGGUGGAGAGCAAGGGAUCAAUUUAUCAGAAGAAAAGAGGACCAAAGAGCGUACGAGUGUAGAACGUAAGCACCGUUGGUCAGCGUCGUGCAAUGUUAUCGCAUGGGCUGAUUGUAAAGUCACUCACUGGUUGUGUUAGUGGAUACUAUAGCGUAACUUGUAGCUCUUUGGUCCUCUUUACCAACAUAAUACCAUGAUGAACUAAUGAAAUAUAAUAUGUUAAACCAUAGCUCAGUGGUUAGAGCAUCGCUGGCCUCAAGCGCAAGUCCCUGGUUCGAGUCCUGGUGAUGACAGUCAGUUUUUCUUAAGACUUUUCCCGUAUUUGCACCUUUCUCCCUCAAACCAAUGAAUAAAGAAGAAUUCCGUAACGUUUUUCUUCGAUGGUCAUCAGUGACCAUCGACCAUACAAGAAAAACGUUUCUGAAUUCUUCUUUACAUAUUAUAAUUUCAUCGUGGUAUUAUGUAGGCAUCAAUUGUUUUAUUCAUGGCAUUAUUGAAACUUCUUUCUCCGAGAUGGCUGCUUUUUAGUAGCCAACUUAUCCAGAAUUUAGUUGUCAUGAAGCCAGGAUUCCAGAAUCAUGUUGCCACCCUUCGGUAGGUUUGAAUACAUGCCAGAUGAGGCCAUCAGGUGAAACAACUGCCUGAUACAGUAAA